CCGUGCGAGUCGAAUAAACUCUAAAUAAAUGAAAUUCUAACCUCAAAAAUGUCAAAAAUCUUAAUUUCCGCGCAUUUAAUAUCGAUUGUUAUAGUCGGUGUGUUUUUCGCGUUACUUUUACAAUCAUGUGCAGCGCAAACAUAUCAAGAUUUAUUCGAUGAUAAUGCGCGGCGCGUCAUUAAAGUCGGCGUUAUUUUCCGUGACAAAGGUGACACUUUAGGCGAUGAUUACCUCGACACGGAAAUCGCUUUCCUCGCCGCGCUGGAGCGUUUCAAGUUCGAACCGGAGUACGAAAUGCAGGCGAUUGUCAAACAUGUCGCUGAAAUUGACAGUUUUAAAACCGGACAAAUUGUCUGUGAAAUGUUAUCCGAAGGAAUCUCAGCAAUAUUCGGGCCGCAAUCGUCCGCGAGCAAUGACAUUGUGCAAUCGAUUGCCGAGACGCUGGAGAUACCACAAUUCCAGACGUUCUGGAAUCCGAAAUUGGCCCACGCGGACGCUUUCCUCGAUCGCACCGUGUUUAAUUUGUACCCGGAGCCGAAACUAUUCGCCAAGGCGCUAUCAACGCUCGUGAGGGAAAUGCGGUGGAAAAGUUACGCCAUUAUUUACGAGAACGACGACGGCCUGGCGCGAUUGCAGGAAGUGCUCAAGAGUCGCAAGGCGGACGAUCCGCCCGUCAUCGUCAAGAAACUCACUCCCGGCGGGGAUCACAGGCCGCUGCUGAAAGAGAUAAAGGACUCUUCGGAGCUACAAAUCAUACUGGACUGCGAGACAGAUCACAUCCUGGAUAUUUUACAGCAGGCGCAGGAAGUCAACUUGGUGGACGAGUACCACAGCUACAUCCUAACCUCACUGGAUGCACAUAUAUUAAAUUUCGACGCUUUUCGCCAUUCCCGAGCGAAUAUAACAAUGUUCCGAUUGGUUGACCCGAACAGGAAGGGUGUACGCACCGCCGUGCAAGACUGGUUGCAUACGGCAGCGCGUUCCGAACCACAUCACACUACUAGACUAGCAAAAAUCGCUACGGAGAAUAUACGCAUAGAAGCAGCACUUCUAUACGACGCUGUAAAUUUCUUCGGAACGGUUUAUAAAGGCUUGGAUCAAACUCAGCGGAUUAAAACAACGGAAUUGAGUUGUGAUGACGAUGAAAAAUUCAAAGAUGGCAUGCGUUUGACGGAAUUUUCUAAAGUUUUUGACUUCAACAAUGGCACGCUGCCGGGUCCACUCACUGGACAAAUACGAUUUGAUCGUCUAGGACGCCGCACCGACUUCGAACUGCAAAUCGUCGAGUUGACAAUCGAAGGAAUACGCAAAACCGGCGCGUGGAACUCGAAACAACCGAACAUUAUCGCGUUUACGUUCAGUCAACAAGAACGCCAACUUGAGAUUGUUCAACAACUGAGUCAAAAAGUGUUCCGUGUCACUUCUAGGCUCGGCGCGCCGUAUUUAAUGUACAAAGUGCCGAAACCAGGCGAACGACUCAAAGGCAACGAUAGAUUCGAAGGUUAUUCAAUGGAUCUGAUCGUCGGCAUUGGUGAAAUAUUAAAUUUCACGUUCAAAUUCGAACUGGUGCCUGAUAACAACUACGGCAGUUACGAUCCGAAGACAAAAGAAUGGAACGGUCUGAUUCGCGCACUCCUAGACCGUAAAGCCGAUUUGGCCGUGUGCGAUUUGACGAUAACAUACGAGCGGCGCACAGCCGUCGAUUUCACAAUGCCAUUCAUGACGCUGGGUAUUAGUAUUCUCUUCAGUAAGCAAGUUAAAGCGCCUCCGGAUUUAUUUUCUUUUAUGCAUCCACUCUCACUGGACAUUUGGCUGUACAUGGCUACUGCUUACCUUCUCAUCUCGCUUAUUAUUUAUUUAGUAGCAAGAUGCGCUCCGGGUGAUUGGGAAAAUCCACAUCCAUGCAAUGAACAACCUGAAGAGCUCGAAAAUAUCUGGAACAUGAAAAAUUGUUUAUGGUUAACUUUAGGAUCACUUAUGGCGCAAGGUUGUGAUAUUUUACCAAAGGGUAUAUCAACGAGGAUGAUCGCUGGCAUGUGGUGGUUCUUCUCUUUAAUCAUGUGCGCCUCGUACACCGCCAAUUUAGCCGCGUUCCUCACUAUGGAACGCAUGGGCCCCACCAUUGAAAGCGCUGAAGAUCUCGCUAAACAGACUACCAUCAAAUACGGUUGUGUCAGCGGUGGCGCCACCUGUUCAUUCUUUAGAGAUUCAAAUUUUUCAACGUAUCACCGUAUGUGGACGCAGAUGCAAGCUGCAGAGCCUUCAGUUUACGAAAACAGUAACAAAGAGGGUGUGAAACGUGUGAAAACCUCGAAGAGACUCUACGCGUUCCUGAUGGAGAACACAGGCAUCGAAUACGAGAUGGAACGUGACUGUGAUCUGCGGCAGGUUGGCGGCUGGCUGGAUUCGAAGGGCUACGGCAUCGCGAUGCCAGUCAAUUCACCAUAUCGGACUGCAAUCAGUGGUGCGGUGUUAAAAAUGCAAGAAGAUGGAAAAUUGCAUAAAUUAAAAGAAAAAUGGUGGAAGAAAAUGCAUGGUGGAGGCAAAUGUUCCGCGUUGAAGCAAUCCGGAGAGGAAACCGCCGCCGAGUUGGGCAUUGACAAUGUCGGCGGGAUCUUUGUCGUGCUGGUGGGUGGCAUCGCCUUGGCUUUCAUCAUCGCCAUCGCUGAAUUUCUAUGGAAUGUACGCAAAGUUGCCGUUACACAACACAUUGGAGUUCGUGAAGCACUCGAUAAAGAACUACGAUUUGCUAUGCAUUUCUCUGUGUCCAAGAAGCGUGUAAAAACCACGACGUCCUCUUCAGGAUCCUCCCUGGAGCCCGUGACGGAUGCAGGUGAUAACAAGACGCAAUAAAACAUUUUCGGAAAGCAGCACGCAAUAAAUUUUAUUACCAUGUAUUUCUGCGCGUCAAAGCCACUCACCGAACACCUUUUAUUGGAAAAAGUAUCCAAGGGUGCAUCUUAGAGGAAGAUCUCCAUAGCAAAUGUCAAAGAAUAGCAUAAUGGGUCAUGUAAUCUGCAAUCAGCGGGUAUGUGAAGCGUCCCGGUUGAAGAUGAUGCCUUUAUAACGGGGGUGCGCUGUCAUAAAUUAUCUUUCGGCAAGUUUAAAGAGUGACCACACACGGAUUCGCCACCCACGCCCCUAAACCCAGCAGGGGAUGAAUAUUUCUUAACUAGAAGUCUAGAAGUCAACUAACCCUUCAAGCUGCUUCUGAGAACAUUAUUGCUACACUUUGUAUUUUAAAUUUAAACGGAUUACAAAAUAGGAUAUUGUAGAUAAUCAUAA